AUGACGACUGCGGCUAGACCCACAUGGGCACCUGCUAAAGGUGGUAACGAACAAGGCGGUACUCGAAUUUUCGGCCCAUCUCAGAAAUAUUCUUCAAGGGACAUUGCAUCUCACACAACCCUAAAGCCAAGGAAGGAAGGGCAAGACACCCAUGAUGAACUGCAGAGGAGGAAUCUCCGUGAGGAGUUGGAGGAUCGUGAGAGGAGGCAUUUCUCUUCAAAGGAUAAGGCCUAUAUGGAAGACAGAGACCACCGGAGGAAGGGAGGCCAUCUUUUACUGGAAGGGACAAAGAGGGAGGUUGAAGAUCGCAUCAUUCCACGCAAUGCAGAUGCUGAUGAUGCUGAUGUGGACAUCAAAAGUGACGAUGAGAGUGAGGACGAUGACGACGAUGAUGACGAGGAUGAUACAGAAGCUCUUUUAGCUGAGCUUGAACAGAUAAAGAAAGAAAGAGCUGAGGAAAAACUCCGAAACGAAAGGCAAAUGCAAGAAGAAGAGUUAAAAGCCAAAGAGGCAGAAACUGUUACGAGGAAACCCUCUGAUUAA